AGCUCUAGCGCCUUUGUGUGGAGGAGUGCGGCGCUGCUGUUUAAACACACACACAGGGGAGCCAGGCAGCUAACCAUGGUGAAUGUAAAGAAACGGAAAGGUCGGGUCGUGAUUGACUCUGACUCGGAGGAUAGUGCAAGCGAUGAUAAUUUGGAUCAGGAACUGCUGUCUCUUGCCAAGAGAAAGCGUGUGGAUUCUGAUGAACAGGAAGAGCCUGUUAGCAAACCUGCUGCCUCCACAGACUCUGAGACAUCAGACAGCGAUGAUGAGUGGACUGUUGGAGGCACUAAAACCAAAAAGAAAGGGAAGCCUAGUAAAGGGCCCGAAAAGAAGAACACAGUCAAGAAAAGAAAGGGCAAGGCGGCUUCUUCCGGCAGCUCAAAUGGAGACAGUUCAGCAGAGAGUUCGGCUCCAGAGGAGGGUGAGGUGUCGGACUCCGACAGUAACAGCUCAUCCUCCAGCUCAGAUUCUGACUCGUCAUCGGAGGAUGAGGUUUUCCGGGAUGGUUAUGGAGACGAUCUAAUGGGGGAUGAGGAGGACAGGGCCCGUUUGGAACAGAUGACGGAAAAAGAACGAGAACAGGAGCUGUUUAACCGUAUAGAGAAGAGAGAAGUCCUCAAGAGGAGGUUUGAAAUCAAGCAAAAGCUGAAGACUGCAAAGAAAAAGGAAAAGGAAGAAAAGAAGAAGAAACAGGAGGAGGAGCAGGAGAAGCGAAAGCUGUCUCAGGUCCCCGACACUCAGGUGGUCAUGUCCCACAACAAAGAGAGACGGAUCAAGAGAGACGAGAAGCUGGACAAGAAGUCACAGGCCAUGGAAGAACUGAAAGCAGAAAGAGAGAAGAGAAAAAACAGAACUGUUCCUUCACCAUUCUUCAAGAAAAAAAACACUGAGCUCCUUGCCAAAAGGCAACCACUGAAGACAAGUGAGGUCUACUCAGAUGAUGAAGAGGAGGAGGAAGAUGACGAUGACAGGUCUUCAGUAAAGAGUGACCGCAGCUCAAGGUCAUCAUCUUUUGAUGAAGAGGAGGAAAAAGAAGAGGCUCCGCCCAAGUCCCAGCCAGUGUCAUUACCAGAUGAACUGAAUCGGAUCCGGCUGUCCCGGCACAAGCUGGAGCGAUGGUGUCACAUGCCAUUCUUUGCUAAAACUGUUACUGGUUGUUUUGUUCGAAUUGGCAUUGGAAACAGUAGCAGCAAGCCCGUUUAUCGGGUGGCUGAAAUCAUUGAUGUGGUCGAGACAGCUAAAGUUUAUCAGUUGGGGUCCACACGAACGAAUAAAGGCCUUCAGCUCCGACAUGGAAAUGACACACGAGUCUUCAGACUUGAGUUCGUGUCCAAUCAGGAGUUCACUGAAAAUGAAUUCAUGAAAUGGAAAGAGGCGAUGAUAUCAGCAGGAAUGCAGUUUCCUACUCUGGAUGAGAUCAGCAAAAAAGAGCAGUCCAUCAAGGAGGCGGUCAACUACAAAUUCAAUGAUAAAGACAUUGAGGAUAUUGUCAAAGAAAAAGACAGAUUCCGAAAGGCUCCACCGAACUAUGCCAUGAAGAAAACACAGCUUCUCAAAGAGAAGGCCAUGGCUGAGGAGAGUGGUGAUGGAGAGAAGGCGAAAGUACUGCAAGAUCAGUUGAAUGAGCUGGAGGAGAGGGCAGAAGCGCUUGACCGACAGAGAACCAAAAAUAUCUCUGCCAUCAGUUAUAUCAACCAGAGAAAUCGGAGUUGGAACAUUGUGGAGUCUGAGAAGGCAUUGGUGGCAGAGGGUCAGAACUCAAAGAACCAGCAGAUGGAUCCGUUCACCAGACGGCAGUGUAAACCGACUAUGGUGUCCAAUGCUAGAGAUCCCUCCGUCCACGCCGCUAUUUUGGCUCAUCUCAACCAGAAAUACGGUUCAGGCUCAGGCCAAGACAGCAGCCAGCUGGCUAAUAAACAGGGCCAGGCUAGCCAGAAAGACAAAGAUGUUACCAAGCAAUCCAGUGACCUCUCAGAGGACCUUUUUAAAGUUCAUGACUUUGAUGUCAAAAUCGACCUGCAGGUUCCUAAUGCUGAAGCAAAGUCUUUGGCAGUGAGUUCAAAUGCAUUGCCUGUUAAAGAUGGGGCACCACGUCGAUCUCUCAACCUGGAGGACUACAAGAAGAGACGGGGACUCAUCUGACCUACGUUUUUUAAAAUCCUCUCCUGCAUGAUUGGACACCUGUGCCGGGGGUCUACAGCUGUGGCCACCCCUGUGUGUGUGUGUGUGUGUGUGUGUGUGUGUGUGUGUUUGGGAAAGUAUGUGAACGUACGUGUGUGUGUGUGUGAGAGAGAGUGUAUGAUAAAGAGAAAGAAUAAGUGCAUACCUUUAAGACUGAGCGUGUCUGAGACUGUGUGAGUGUGUGUGUUUCACCUGUUUGUAAGAGGAAAUAUUGAUGAAUAAUGAUAACUUUCAGGUCUUUUCCUGCAAAGGGUCACUUUUUGAGAGAUGAAAAGUCCUCUGCGUUAUUUACGGCGUGUGUAGACAUGAGAACAGAAAUGCAUUACCUCUGAUUCUCCUUUUCGUACCAAUGUAUUCAGCAUAUUUUGUCCCUCUCAGAAACGACCCUUUUAUAUCCAAGCUUGUGAAAGACUCAAAGGACACUAUUAAAAAAAAGACAACACAAAUCUUGGGCGUUUUUUUUGAAAGUGGUAAUUAGUUGUCAAUAAUGUGAUCGGGUCUGCCUCGCACCCUUGUUCCUCCUGAAAGCACUCUGAAGUUUUUUAAACAAGCAUUUUCUUUUCUUCCCCCGAAACCAUUUGUACUGGGUUGCUAGGACAGUCCUGCUUACCUCUGCUUGCUGGUUUAGAGGAUGAGGAGCCGACCAAUCAGAGAGGGAGUCUGACAAUGACAUCACACUCCUUAAAUAUAAGCGUUUGUUUCUUGUAAGACAAUGAUCAAAUAAAUGUCUGCCAUGGACAAGAAAACAUUGAGAAUUGAUGUAACAGUUUUUUUAUUAUUUUUUUAAACUGCUCUUUUUUUCCUUCCAUAUCCCUCUGUCUCCCUCAGAGCUGAUGUAAGUGUUAUUGAUCAUUAAUUAUUGAUCAUUAAUUAUUGAAGUCUUUUAGUCAGUUCUCCUAUCGUUGUGGCAUGCCUUGUAAAUAAGCGAUCUUGAGUGAGUGCGGCUGAAUAAAGGAGGAACGGUUUCAUAA